AUGGCAAAGAAAACCCUUGCAGACGAAAUAGCGAGCUUCUAUAAACCAAAGAACGAGUUUGACAUAGAAGACUUUGAUAAUGGCAGUUCAGCCAAGGAUAACGUAUUUCAGCAUGAGGAGAAUAACUCAUCGGAGAAUGACGAAUUAUCAGAUGAGGAGUCGAAAAAAGAGCACUAUGUAGUUGCCCCCAAAUCCAAAUUAAGAAGUCAACAGGGGCCAAGUUUAGGUCAAAAGUAUACAGGAAAUGUAGUGGGCCGAGAUGACUUAUACAACUCGAGCAGCGACGAAGACGAGGAAGUGGAAUUGGAAGUGGAAGGGGAAGGGGAAGAAGACGACGACGACGACGAAGAGGAAGACGAUGCAGUAUCCAGUCAAGUUGAGUCUGAAGAUGAAAAUGGUGCCAUCAACGGACACAAUGACAACUCCGUGGAGGAAUCUCAAUCAGAGCCAGACUCAGUUAGCGAGGACUCGGAAUCAAACAGGGUUCCAAGAAGACAAUCUCCUGACAGACCAACGCAUCAAAAGGAGUUGGUCAAGCAGCUCUUGACGAAAGAAAGAUCACAUAUUGUCAACAGACUAUCCCAAUCGGCAAUAAAUGAUACAUUGAAAGGAUACGCCGUAAAACAACAAUACAAAACUUAUGAAAAAUUAGUGGAUGUGAGGAUCAAAUUUCAAAAAGCAGUAAACAGUGCUAAUCAACUACCCAUCAAUUCUGUUACUUACGAAGAGCACAAGUCUGAAGAUAGCGAUGGGUUACUUGAUGAUGUCAAACUUGCACUCUACGGGUUAUUGAAGAAUGUACUUUCGUUGAGAUCGCAAUUGGGAAGCACAAACAUUUCUUUACCAAAAAAGAGAACCUUUGAAGCAAUGUCAAGUGCAACUCGCGAUGCCGAUAAUGAUUUGACACGCCAGCGUGCCAGUAUAUUGAACAAGUGGUCUUUUAAAGUCCAGAAUUCCUCAGGAAGCUCAGCCAUGAAUGCCAACAAAUUCAAAGCAAUCAACCAGUCAUUUGAACAACAGGUGAAGAACAACUUGUCGGAUAUGGAAAGAUUAAUCAAGAGAACUAAGCUAAACAGGAAACAAGUUGUUCCAUUGGGCUACGUUGAAGAAGAGAAAAAAGGUGCAUCUGCUCUACAAGGUAACAACAACAACGACAACAACAACAACAACAACAACAACAACAACGACGACGACGUGGGUGAAGAAAUGGCUCCACGUAAGAAAGCACAGGGCCAGGAGAACUCGUACAUAUUUGAUGAUGAGGACUUUUACCGUGUUUUGUUGAAUGAUUUAGUUGAUAAGAAAGUGCAGUCAUCAGAUCCAACCUCAAACAUCACCAUAAUCAGGUCGGCACAAAAGGCAAACAAGUUGAGAAACAAUGUGGAUACGAAAGCAUCAAAGGGAAGAAAAUUGAGGUUUCACGUACAAGAGCAAAUUGCCAAUUUUGAAUCUUCUACCGGCGGGUGGAAGUGGAGCGAUGACCAAAUUGACGAAUUCUUUGCAUCCUUGUUGGGCCAAAAAGUGAACAUGAACGAAGACGAGAAGGAAGCGGAAGUGGAGUCAGAGAAUGAACUUGAACCCGAGUCCAAUGGUAUACGACUCUUUGGUUAA